GUGCCUGUGUUUCAGUGAGCGAGUUAUUGUUUAAAUACACCCAUUUUAGGGUAGGUCCAACCACACCGUGCCCUGUAGCUGUUAAUGGAGUACGACAGAUAAAAAUACAGAGUUAGACGGCCGCGUUAUAUAAGCUCGUAUUCUGCGAAGUGAUCUCUCUCUCUCUGGCCAGUGAUAGUCGUGGUGAAUUCAGUUAACGUUAUGUAAGUUAUCUGGGUCCUGUCCCGGGCUGCAGGGAUAUUAAUGGAUGGAAACUCCUGGAUUGGCAUCUUUUUUUCUUCCGGUUUUUGUUUUUUGAAGUAGUCUGGAGGAUUAUAGAGAGAUUGGGAAACUUGUCUUUUAAGUCACAUGAGAAGCUUGAGGUGGUGUGAUCAAACUUUAUUCUGCGACUAAGAAUAGUUUCAAUCUGCUAGUGAGGUUUUCGACACAAACGCUGAGACCGGGACUGGACGAGUGAAAUGGCCGUGUACCCUUAUCUACAUUCCAGUACACCCACUGUUAACAUCCCGUCUUAGUGGUCAGUUCUGCCUGCCGGUCAGAGAUUAAGCUGAGGCCAUGGCAGUGAAGGACCGCGUAGAGGCGGUGCUCAAUGUGGGUCUGCGUGUUCCCAGCAUCAUGCUACUGGAUGUCCUGUACCGCUGGGACGUCAGCUCCUUCUUCCAGAAGAUCCAGCGUUCCAGCCUCUCCAACAACCCCCUGUUUCAGUACAAAUACCUGGCACUCUACCUGCACUACGUGGGAUACAUCCUGAGCUUGGUGCUCCUGACUCUGCCUCGUCAGCACCUGGUUAAACUCUACCUGUAUGUCCUUACGGCCCUUCUGCUGUUUGCUGGUCACCAAGUCUCAAGGGAUUAUGUCCGCAGUGAACUGGAGUCUGGCUAUGAAGGACCUGUCUACCUGGAACCUCUCUCCAUGAACAGAUUCACCACUGCACUCAUAGGUCAGCUAGUGGUGUGUACGCUAUGUUCCUGUGUGAUGCAGACUAAGCGGAUUUGGCUUUUCUCUGCUCACCUCCUCCCUCUGGUGGCCAGACUGUGUCUGGUCCCACUGGAGACCAUCGUCUUCAUCAAUAAGUUCUCCAUGAUCUUCACAGGCCUGGAGGUCAUUUACUUCCUGGCUUCUAACUUGUUGGUACCAUACAACCUGGCCAAGACUGCCUACAGGGAGCUGGCUCAGGUGGUGGAAGUGUACGGGCUGCUAGCUUUGGGAAUGUCUCUAUGGAACCAGCUGGUCCUUCCAGUUCUUUUCAUGUGUUUCUGGCUACUGCUGUUUGCUUUGCAAAUUUAUUCCUACUUCAGCACCAGAGACCAGCCUACCUCAAGAGAGAGGCUCCUUUUCCUGUUUCUUACCAGCAUUGCAGAAUGUUGUAGUACACCGUACUCCCUGCUGGGUCUGGUUUUCACCGUCUCCUUCAUUGCUCUGGGAGUUCUCACACUCUGCAAGUUCUACCUUCAAGGCUACAGAGCCUUUAUGAAUGACAACACCAUGCACAGGGGGAUGACAGAAGGGAUCACCCUGCUGAUCCUCGCUGUCCAGACUGGCCUCAUCGAGCUUCAGGUCAUCCACCGAGCCUUCCUCCUCUCCAUCAUCCUCUUCAUUGUUGUUGCUUCCAUCCUGCAGUCCAUGCUGGAGAUAGCUGAUCCAAUAGUCCUGGCCCUGGGAGCUUCCAGAGACAAGAGUUUGUGGAAACACUUCAGAGCGGUGUCUCUGUGCCUCUUUCUGCUGAUCUUUCCAGCCUACAUGGCCUAUAUGAUCUGCCAGUUCUUCCACAUGGACUUCUGGCUUCUCAUCAUCAUCUCCUCCUCCAUCCUCACCUCACUGCAGGUCCUCGGUACUCUGCUGAUCUACAUUCUCUUCAUGGUGGAGGAGUUUCGUAAGGCUCCAGUAGAAAAUAUGGAUGAAGUUAUCUACUGUGUCAAUGGGACCUACAGAUUGCUAGAGUUCCUGGUUGCGGUGUGUGUGGUGUGCUAUGGCGUGUCAGAGACGGUAUUUGGGGAGUGGAGUGUGAUGGGAAGCACCAUCAUCCUGGUCCACUCAUACUAUAACGUCUGGCUCAGAGCCCAGCUGGGCUGGCAGAGCUUCCUGCUCAGGAGAGAUGCUGUAAACAAGAUCAAAAGCCUCCCCACGGCUAGCAACACACAGCUGGAACAGUACAACGACAUCUGUGCUAUCUGCUACCAGGACAUGAACAGCGCUGUGAUCACUCCGUGCAGUCAUUUCUUCCACGCUGGCUGUCUGAAGAAAUGGCUUUAUGUCCAGGAGACAUGCCCCCUCUGUCACUCGCAACUCAAGAGCCAAUCACCAACCACCGCUGUCCCCAACCAAGACGCCCCUGCAGCCAAUCAAAGCCCUGCAGGGCAGGACGAAGCCACUGCCAAUAAGAAUCAGAAGGAUGGCGCACUUCCAGAUGAUGGGAAGGAGAAGGGAACAGGAGAGCAGGAGGGAGAUAAUGGACCUGUCAUGUCAGCUGGAGAAACCUCCUCCUCCUCCUCCUCCUCCUCUGGUGUACCCUCUGGUGUACCCUCUGCUCCUCAGCACCUGGUCAAGACUUCAUCAUCAUCCUCUUCUGAUCCUUCCCCACUUGUGACUGAAUCUAAGAACCAGUCGCCCUUAGAUCAUCCCUCGUCUUCUUCCUCUUCCUCUGACACAUUGGACAUGCUCCCCACCUCCUCCAUCUCCCACUCAUCCUCACAGGCACUAGCUCAGGCAGAGAUGACCCCUGCUGAACCAGAGCCUGCCCCUCAGCUAAACCCAGGCUUCCUAUUGGACAGCCAGGAGUCAUCUACUGCUCCAUCAUCGCAGCCUGUCCAGCCCACUUCCCCUUCUGAGGAACAGUGUCCUCCAUGCAGCCUCUGAGCUCCAUCGUAACACCCAGCAUACAUGCAUGCACAUAUAAACACACAAUCUAAAUAUUUCAUCUGCCAAUAUAUUCUACUGGCUAUCCAAUCAUGUCAGAAAUUCAACUCCAAAUCCCUCCAUUUUCAUUUUUAGAGAGAGGCAGAUAUUUAUCACUCAACAUAAAAAUGCAAUUUUGUUUGGCAAUUGUCUUGGAACCAUUCAUCUAACUCAGUUUCCAUGCAUUUGUUUUUGUUUUUUCAUUUGUGGGGGACAUUUUAAACUAAAUACAAAAAUGGGAAAGCAGUAAUCUCAUCUCACAAAUAAUUGGUAGUUAAACAAUAUGUCCACAAAAUGUGAAAUCCUGAAUGAAACUGAAGUACUACAUCACUAAUGUUUGCUGUUUCCUGGGUUUUUAUAUUAGACAUAUAGUGACAUUACUAAAAUCAUACUUAUUUCCUUCUCAUUUCAGUCCCAGACAUUUCAUGUGAUGGCUGCUCCCAUCCUGCCUUUUGUUUUGUGCGACGUCACUCUCAUUCCUAUACAUUUCACAGUAUUUGGGUUUUCUCUGUUGUCCUGUAUGUGCCAUGAUGCAUGGAGGAAUGGGUCUGAGGUUUAGAGAGCCUUGAUAGACUAGCGAUAACUGAUGGUUGCAUUUUAAACUGUGACAAAGUCUUAUCAUUUGAUGAAGGCCACAAAUUUCUCCCAUCGGUUUUAAAAAAAUCAUCGGUUUUUGGUUUUUGCUGUUGGAUGACAGUAGUUAGGUGUAUUGGUGAAUACACUAAGCAUUAAUAGAGACUGAAUGUUGCUUCUUGAGGCCAUCACAUGACCUGAAGCCUGGUGCUAAGCAGAGGAUACAUGGUGUGGUCUAGUUAAGUGUUCACAUGGAAUAACUAAUUCAUUUCAUGGGUCAAGUUUUCUCUAUUAUCCUGCUUCAGCAUUUGAAUCAAACUUGUUUGGCUGGUCCCAGCAAAAACAGUUCUACUCCUCAUCGCCAAACUUUUGUAUUACUGUUAAAAAGAUGUUAUUUUUAAGAUCAUUUUUACAUUACUACUUUAUUGGACAGCACACAGUGCAGAUGGACUGAAAGCAAGGAAGAGAAAGAAGAAGGUAGAUAAGAUGCAACAGAGGCCACAGUUGGUAUUUUAACCUUUAGCCGGUUCGGAGCCCAGAUUUGUCGUUGUUUGCUUUAGUCCAUUCACGUAGCUCAUCUGCGCUCAUCAUCCCGAGUUCAGCUGAUUCACAAACGCAUUCAACCAGUCCCAUUCAACCAGUCCAUCCCAACUCCUGAGUUUGCCAUUGAGUCAGCACUUGUUGACUCUUUCAUGGCAGGAGCCAAUCACCUGGCUCCAUCCAGCUACUAAUAAACCAGUCACAUCAAAGCACCCAUUGUUUUGUAAGACCAUCGUUAUCCUCCUGUUGCUCAGUCGCUUCACUUAAUGAAACGUUACAACCAGCAAAUUGAGCCACGUUGUUUUUUUGUUUUUUUCCCCACACACGCUAGUGCGCACACACUGUCUGGUCCCGUGCUUGGGCACGGUGAAGAAGUGUGUUGAAAAGUCUGAAGGUUUAAUUGAAAGACUUGACAAUGCCUGAGUCCUGAUGCACGCUUGUAUGUAGAGCUUGCACGCUGCCACUGUUACCAUAGCAUUUAUUUGUCCCCAGUGUGCUCCAACUUUGCUACAAAUGUUGUUUUUUUACUUUUUUUUUUUUUCUUUUUCUUUUCUUGAUUGUGUUGCAUUUGCACUAAUGUCAUUUAUACUAGCAACGCUCCAAAGUCGUUCUGUGGCUGUCAGCAACCAAAUACCCUCUGAUGUGUUUGUGUACGAGGAAACAGCCCAAUCUGUUUGUGUGUAAUGUAUAUAAAUGUUGCUCUGUAUGGCAUCUAUAUUAAAUCAGAGGAGUGUUGAUAUAUAAAUAAGAUCAGGGCUUGAUUUCUCCAAAGCUUCCUAGUGGUUUGAUGGUUUUGUUAAUUUACAUGCCUGUGAACAAAGAGAAACUUAUGACUGGGAAGCUUUCGGGAAACCAAGAUCUGUGAGACCAGCCAGUGUUACUGCUUCUCCAGUCUGUAUGACGCGUCCUCAAGCUAGUGUGAUCACUCCAGUGCCCUCUACUGUUAGGAGUGGGAUCAGCAUGGCGCUGACGGACAGGAGAUGCACUAGUUAACCCUCAAAAGUAUUACUUACUACCACUAUUACUAAAGGUCUUAUUACUAUGAAUGACUUUAUUGUUGACAUUGGAAAGCGUUGGCUGCAGGGCUGAGAAUGAAUACAUAAUCAAUGUAGGAUCAAACCUGGCCAACGCUCUUUAACAAUUUUGUUUUUUUGGGGUUUUUUUAAGAAAUGAAAUGUCUAGUUUGAUGUAUUUUGCACAUGUUCCUCUGAAAGGUGAACAUAAGGACUUUCUGUAUUCUUGAACGACUUCUCAUAAUAUCAGCUCCAUUCCUUCGACUUUGAUUUCAAACAACGCACUUGAAUCGGUUACAACAUUUUAAUUAACAGCUUCAUACACACUCAGUUUUCAUUGUGGAGCAAUUGAACUGAGAGAUCACCUGCACGAUACAAUGUCACAUGCUCUACAAGGUGAUAGCUGUCAUUGGCAACUGUAUGUGAAUUAGCAUUGCUGUAUUAAAUGAUAAAUAAGUGGCAGAGAAGCCUGCCAGCUGUUGAUUCCAGAUGUAUUUGCUCUGUUUAUGCUCCAUGUUGGAGAAAUUGCAGUCGUUGCAGUCACUCUCCAGGCUUUGAACUGUGACAUACUCAUUCAUACUGUCUGGGACAGUUUUACGUCAAAUGUUUUACGGCAAUCUAAACUCUAUAUGUAGUAUUUGACUAUAUAACCCCUUUCAUCUAGUAACUAUAGAAAGCUUAUGGACGUUACGUAUUUUAAGCUUUUCAAUCUUGAAAUGCUUUAAUUGCAUUUCAGUGCAUCUCUGAGAUUACAGCUCUGGGAUUGACUUCACGUACAAAGCAUCAGACUGUUUAGGUUAGUCGUUGGUGAGCUAUUGUGCCAAACAAGUGCAUGAACCGUCGCUGCUCCUCACAUUGGCCAUGUCAAUUUUACAUAGCAGCCGCUCCUGUCAGGGGCUUCGGUGUGUGUUAAGAUUGUAAAACAGUAUAUUUGCCAUCAGUACAUGCACUACUCAUCUUCAUUGACUUGCUUGUAAAACAACUCUAUAAACAAACCAAUGUGCCCUUAGCGUCUCAAUAUUUACUCUGAAAUAGUUAAAUCCUACUAUUGAAGUAAGGUUUCUCUGCGAUGGAGGAAUAUGAAUACGUAUUGCUGAAGUCAAUUUCUGAUCUGAAAUCCACGUUUCUCAGACUCCGUUUAUCACAAUACUUUGCAAAAUAAUUUCUCUAUAACACUGAAAAUGUAAGCAAAUGUAGUAAUGGAAUCAAUAGCUGCCAUGGGGGCACUCUGACCACAUGUUUAUCAUCUGGAUUCAUUUUUAAUGAGCAGUUUGGAAAGGAACACAGCACUGUUGUCUGAUACGAUUGCCUCUAACACUUUUUUAGUUGACAGUUUGUUUUGUUUAGUUUUUAUUUAGUCUGAUUAGUUUUUCCACACACAGACACGUUUAGAACCUCUGUUAAACCUGACUCUGAAUGCCAGCUGUAUUCUGUUAAAAUGCUCCGAGGUUGGUUUUGGACUUUAUGCCUGGCAUUGCCUUGGUUAUUUUACAAAAAUUGAAUGUCAGAAAUAAAAUGAACCAUCCACUCUGGACUCAAA